UAACAAUUUAUCUCCAAUCGUUACACGUCAAUUUUUUGUCACAAAAUUUGUGUGAAAAUCUAGAUUUUAUUUAUUUGAGCAGAAAGCGGACGAGGAAAUGGGAUUGACAAUAUCCAGUUUACUAACACGACUAUUUGGCAAAAAACAAAUGCGUAUUUUAAUGGUUGGCCUGGACGCUGCCGGAAAAACAACCAUAUUGUACAAAUUGAAAUUAGGUGAAAUUGUAACAACCAUUCCUACCAUCGGUUUUAAUGUGGAAACUGUAGAAUACAAAAAUAUAUGCUUUACUGUUUGGGACGUCGGCGGCCAGGACAAAAUUCGUCCGCUUUGGCGUCAUUAUUUCCAAAACACACAAGGCUUAAUUUUUGUUGUCGACUCGAACGAUCGCGAUCGGAUUGCCGAGGCUGAAAAGGAACUACAAAAUAUGCUUCAAGAGGAUGAACUUAGGGACGCCGUUCUUUUGGUAUUUGCAAACAAACAGGACCUGCCCAAUGCGAUGAGUGCUGCCGAACUGACUGACAAGUUGCAUUUGAAUCAAUUGAGAAACCGUCAUUGGUUUAUUCAAUCCACUUGCGCUACCCAGGGGCACGGUUUAUAUGAGGGCCUAGAUUGGCUGUCAGCAGAAUUAGCCAAAAAAUGAUUAUUGAAUCAAACUGCAAUAUUUUCCAAUCGAGCGCUAAGAUUUUCUUUUCUCUUCAACUAUAAAAACACAAUUAUUA